AUGCGUGCCGCAUUCUUUGCCCUGGCGGCGCUGCCAUUCUGUGCAAUUGCUCAAGACCCAAUUCCUGAAGCUGCGCCUGCUGCUACCACUACUACCUCCGAAGCUUUCAUUCCACCAGUGAUUGACACGUCCACCGACAUUCCUGUUGACCUUGACCCUACCACUACCGAUGCUAUCGUUGUUCCCCAAUCGACCACGGAAGCAUUUCAGGAGAAUCCUCAGCCAAGUACUCAACCUGCUCCUAUCGUUGAGGAUACAACAACUUCACAGAAUAUUAUCCAGGCUCCUACUUCUCAGGCUCCACCUGCUGCCAAAGACACGACUACAGAUCCUGUACCUGUCAUUGACACCACUCAGCCCAUUGCACAAGAAAGUACAACUGAAGCCAAUGCUCAAGACACGACUACUGUACAGCCUAUCGUCAAGGACACAACCUCACAACAGCUACCUCCUGUCCAGGAUACAACCACGGAGCUGCCGCCUCCAAUUGAUCCCACCACCACCUGGCUUCCUGUAGUUGAUACCACCAACCAGCCUAUCAUCCAGACUCCCGGUUCCUCUCAAGAAACCGCUGGCCUGGACACAAAUACGGACGUACAGGUGCCCGUUGUGCCCACAACAACAUCAAACGCUGUACCUGCUGUGACCUCGGAGACCAGUAAUCCUCUCCCAGAAACCACGACUCAACAAAAGCCUAUCAUUGAAAGCACCACCACUAGCGUCCCUCCUGCUGAGACCACCACUGCGCAGGUUCCUGUACAGGACACUACAACAACAGCUGCUGAGCAGCCUGCUCAGACCACUACACAGCACCAAGAACCUGAGCCGACCACUGAGGAGUCCAAGCCCACCAGUAAAGGUGACGGUGAGCCUGUCAUCACUCAGCCCCCAGCUCAAACAACCGUCGCUCCUGAGGUGGCUACAUCCAGCGUUUCCUCCGUCUCCUCUCAGGUCGCCGCUCUGAUUCCCAUCAUCAACAAAUGGACUGAAGACCCUGAGUCUCUCACCGAUGAGACCAACAAGGAGGUCGAGGACACUCACGACGACAUCAUCGCUGUUAUAGUGUCUCUGGGCGGCAAACCCGAUGUUGGCUGCAACAAGAAGCGAGGCCUGCUUGGACCUAUUGGCGAUAUCAUCAACAAGCUCGCUUGUAUGGCUCAGGAUCUUACCAACAUCUCGAGCAGCAUCAUUGCUGGUAACGUGCCUGCCGUCACCAGUGUUGUUCCUCAGGUCCAGAGCCAGAACGAUGAUCUGACAGAGGAGGAUGAGGAUAAUCAGAGCCAGGAGGAGCAAAGUAAGGAAGAGUCCACCAAGCAAGAGGAGACGACCAAGAAGGACUCUACUACAGAGGCGCCUACAACCACCGAAGCCCCUACUUCGACAGAGGAGUCAACUACCACCGAAGCCACUACCACGACUACUGGAAUACUGCAAGUUUGUGGUGCUGACACUUGCGGUGGUGGCAGCGGUGGUGGAUCUUGUCCUAUUGGGUCUGGGGGGUCGAAAGGAGGACAGAUGGGCAGCGCGGCUGUUGAAGUCAACUGCAAUGACCUCUCAACGACUACCAUUGACGGACCCCUCCCUACGAACCCUUCUCAGACCAUUGACUUUGGUGACGAUCCCUUUACAGCUCCUACAGCCCGCGCCGAGUCUGCAACCCUGCCCUCCAAGCGUGAUACAGAGCUCGGGGCUCGAGCAUUCAACGAUGACAUGUCUCCCAAUCCUUUCUAUGUUGCCUCCCUCACCCCUCUUUGGGUGGACCAGACUGGAGCCACAGCUGGACACUGGUUUCGCGCUCCUCCUUUUGCUGGUAAAGGCUCUGCAGGAGUCAACGGUAUCUAUGGCUGUACCUCGGUCAUUGUCGUGUCUGACUUAGGUGUCUAUGUGUCUCACAUAUGGGAGAACCCCGUCUUUAUCGACAACCUCGGGAACCCCACGCCUGACGACGUAUUCCAGGCUACUACUUUCAACGCGCUUCGCGACGGCACUCUCGAUGGCUAUGCCGAAAGUAUUGCUGGUUAUGUCGGCACAGACCAAGCCCCCAGUGUGCUGCAUUCCAUGUUCCACCCCAGGGUUUUCGUUGUGACCCCAUUCACUACUGACUAUGAUCGUGGUCGUGGCGUGACCACCACUUUCCGCUACGAGGCACGUGCCAACUACCUCGCGACUGCAGUCUCUGGUAUUGUUCCUGGAUCUGAUUAUACCGUUCUCGGUUAUACACGAGUUGGCGAAGUAGAAUCUAAGGAGCAGUACGGAACGUGGGGUCGCGCUAUCGUCGAGUAUGAUAUGCUUGAGGACAUUGUUUUUGGGUCUGACGAGAACGCCAUGGGCCAGUUCAUGGGACGAUGGAGACUCUGGGUCGAGGACCAGCUUGUCACUUCCCACAGGUUCAUGGUUUUCCCUGAUCCCAUUGCCGUCCCCGAAACUACACCUGCUGCUACACCCGCUGCCGGCCUGCGGAAGCGCGCCGACGAGGAGGCUGCUAGCAAGUGCUUGGUCCGCGGUGGUUCCACUGGUGCCACCUCAGCCGGGCCCUCUUCUACAGACAAAACUGCUACUACAGCCGAUGCCACUUCCACUGCCGUGACUUCAGCAGCCCCUACUACAGAUGAAAAGACUGCUGAGUCUACUGGAACAACCGCUGAGGAAGAGAAGACCACCGAGGCUGCAGGAACAACCACAAGCGAGCACAAGACCGAAGAGGCUACAACAACUCAAGCUGAGCCGGCCUUGACAACCUCUACCCCAAGCACCUUUAUCACUACUACCAGAGCCUCAUCUGAUGCCAUCACAACUGAAGUCACAUCUGAUGCAGCAAUAACUAGUGAGGAAGUCCGCACUUACUACCCUUGCGUAAUCUACGGCGGACCUCGUGUCGACAAGCCAUACUGUCAAUGCAGCACCACAGUCUCUGGCAAGCAGUACGUCACCUCGGCCUCUCUGAUCGACAACAGCUGCGAGGACUAUACUUCAUACCCGUCCCCCGUCGUCCCCGUAACCGAGGCUCCUGCUACCCAAGCUCCAGUUCAGACUCCCUUCACUGAGACCAACGACGGCACGGUCUUGGUCUACUCAGCCUACACCCUCGACUACUUCAUGGCUUAUACUGUUCACGUCACAGCGACACGUGGUUAUGGUGUACCGUCAACUGUUUCCACGCCUGUACCCACUCAAACUGCUGUUGAUAACGAUGGCAGCGGCCAGUGUGGAACAUCCGACAGUCUGUCAAAGAAGGGAUUGGGCGAGGCCUGUGAUAGAGCUAUCAAUGAGUUCGACGCCGAUACUGUGUACAAGGGUUACACGACCCGAUACAGUCGGUCUAACAAGGGUAUUCUUAUGGUUGCCUCUGUUGGUCAAGCUGCUUGUAUUGCCAAGUUUGAGUGUGACGACUACGGUAUUGGAAUGAAGGGUAGUGACAUUAUUGCAGCUCGCGAGAACGCCAAGAAGAAUGAUGGUAUCUGGAUUUGUGGCCACAUUCGUCUAUCAAACUCAUGCAGCGUCGUCAUGGACUACUGCACAAACUGUAAGAACAGUGGUUAG